UCCCGCCCUUCGAACCACUGAGGUGCUUUUGGCGUAGUAUAGUAUUACGCAGUUAGUGAGGGAGUUAAUGGUUGUGGUGACUGUCUCUUGGCGGUGGGAGGAGAGUGAGUGAGUGACCAACAUCAAGAUUUUGUGGUCGACGGAAGGUUUACAGGGUUGUGGUACGUAAUAGGUGUUUGAAGUGAGUGUCAGCACAGAGGAGUGAAGGCUGAGGAAGUACUCACAGAAGGACACACUCAACCCACAUACAGAUACAACUUGUGUGUGUACAGUAUUGUAAGCUUCACCUAUACACUGGAGAAUAUCUGUCUUUCUAAAGGAUAAAUCAGACCAAUAUCAAGGAAAUUCAGCUCAACUCACAGUGAGAGAAACCCGCCCUACCGUCUGCCAAGAUCGCCACCUCAAACAUGGCUGAUGAGGUCGUGAACGCCUACAGCAGCCCUUCAACGCCUCCUUCACGACUAUCCUCGACGUAUUUACCUAUUAGACGGUCGUUGUUGCAGUCAAGACGUUACCAGGUGUUGUCAAAGCCUGGUCGCUUGCUGUUGGUGGUGGUAACGGCGGCGCUGGCGGUGGUAACGCCCGUGGGAGGUAAUUUUAUGAACUUCGCCAUCCCAGAAAUGGUGCUGUACGGCAGCUGUGCCAACGCCCAGACGGCCGAGCAACUUAGUCUCCAACGAUUCAGCGGGGUGUGGUACCAGGUGGAGCAGGUACCUAAUACGUACGUGGAUGUGAAGCAAUGUAGCAAAACCAACUUUAUCUGGGACGGUCGCCAGUAUGACGCCACCAGUAUUGGGUGGGACGAUUUUAAUGACCUCGUACAGCAGGUCACCAGCAUCUCCCAGGUAGAGCCUAUUGACCCUACCCAGCCCCGACCCUACCUGCAAAUACGUUCCUCUAAUGUACCACCAGUGCCAUACCACAUCAUCAACACCGACUACGUCAGCUUUGCCUGCGUCUACUCCUGCUUCGAAUUCCUGGGUAUGAAGGUCGAGAUCUACUCUACACUGGCCAGGUCUCCUAAGCAUACGAAUACGUCCGUGGUGGCUUGUCAUAAUUCCUUCGAGGAGCUCGGCAUUGACUUGACGAGGUUGCAGCCCGUUUGGCAAGGGGACAACUGCUGGUACAACAAGCCUGAAGAACCUCUUACUUCACUGGACAGUGGAGUGGAGACGGUGGAGGAAACUAUCAUCACAGUCAUCCCCGAAGAAGGAGAACCUAAUCGUCAGCAACCUCGCCUUCUAAAGGCCUCCACCACGAAGCUGCCGAAUACAGCAGGAGGACAUGACGUGGUCGAUGCAGCAGCCGGAGGAGACGAAGACUACGAGGAAAUGGAGGAGGUUUUGGCCUUUAUAGCUACCGAGGUGGAGGCGAUAUUUGAAGAUGAGGGCGACCCAUUACCUGAGGGAGUAGAUGCUGAAGUGAAUGAGGAUCACACUGAAGUCUCGACGCACACUGACGAGCCGCCUUCAGGAACCAGUCCAGCCCUGCGAAGGAUCCCUAAGAAGUUUAGCAGGGGGAGGAAGGAGGGUCAGGGGUGUGGUGGAAGAGUGUGUCCAGGAGCUACCACACCAGGACACGCAGCCUCCCUUCAACCCGACAUCCGUUUGGUUGAGUCUCGUCCAGUCUCUGAGGGAGGACAAGAGUAUAUGAGAAGCCGAAUUCCUACCACCACCACCACCACAACCACAACCGCCACCAUCACUGCCGCCAGCAAAAUGAGGGAGGACCAUAAGCUGUGUACCUGUGGCAACACCUCCCCCUCACCAGUCACCUUCUCCACCAUACUUCUCUUUAUCUCCUUGUGUUUAUCUCACUGGGCGAGAUAAAGUCGCCAACACCUGUGCUCAAUGACUCCCAAGACCACAUAACACUACCGUCAGUACCGAUUGGCACCACCGUCACUACCGUUUGGCGCCACCGUCAGUACCGUUUGGCGCCACCGUCAGUACCGUUUGGCGCCACCGUCAGUGUAGGUGAAGAAGGAUAGGGGUGACUGCUAUACUUUGGUUUUGUACGGAUGUGUGGAAGAUUCAAACGGAGAGAGAGUUACUCCUGAAAGAGUUUCUUCAUUAUAUUCUUUUUGAGCUAAAAAUGGCAAAUUUUGGCAGAUGGCUCACGCCUCCCCUGUACCCACCUCACGCAUCCCCAGUUUGGGAGCCACUGAAUUCUUCGAACCAAUCUAAGGGAAUGACACUAGCAUCAUCAGUGUAGGAAUGUUGACACUGAUUAAGGAACAGCAAAAACUCACGGUCACUGAAGUGUGAAAAAGGACGGUCAAAGAAAGUUAUAACGUACUCACAAGUGCUACAACCAACAGAGUUAAGAUGACCGGUACUGUUGAGGGUUGCUGGUUUACCACAGA